AUAAGCAUCGUGCCAAACACGAACUAAGUAUCAUUUGGUUCCAAGCAAGUCCCAAAGCUAACUGACCCAAGCGUAUCCCUUGAACAUAACAUCAACAACAAUGAAGGCUUUCAUCGUUUUCGCUGCUCUCGUUGCCGCCGUUGCUGCGGCCCCACAGUACUCGGAGAUGUCGUACAAUGCGUACCAGCAGGAGCCCCGUUUCGAGUCCCAAUACCAGUACCAGCCGCAGUACCAGUCGCAGAGCGAACAGCUGUCCGCCGAUGGUUACAAAAUCGUCCCCGGUGUCGUUGAUGCCCGCUGCCCCCGUGCUGACGACCCGAUGAAGCCGGUCCAUCUGGCUGUGAACGGUAACUGUGGCAAGUUCAUGAAGUGCUUCGGUGGCCGUGCCUACGAGAUGGACUGCCCGGCCGGUCUGGAGUUCGGAUCCAAGGUGAACCGUUGCGACUAUCCAGCCCUUGCCCAGUGUUCCCGCUUCUAACUCCUCACGAAUGCACGAACGAUCGCGUAAAUGUCCCGAGAGGUGUGAUGCCGCAGGAGUUGAGGACAUUUAUUGAAUAAACUAUCUGGUUUUUGCUCUGAAAUCUCCUCUAAAAUCUGUUUGUUUUGUCUAUC